CGAGAUUUCAACCCUUUGAGCUGUCACAUGAAACUUGCAGAAAGAAUCUGAGCACAGUGAGACCUUCCGGACUGAGGAGGAAAUGAAAUUAGAACAGGAAAACUGGGAAAGCAGGCAACAUGAAUCCUGCAUUACGGAUCUCGGGUUGUUCCAGGCUCUGGAGAGAGAAAGAGUUCUGGAGGUUCUUCAGAGGGACAAAGCGCUUCGAACUAUUGAAGCUGUCAGAAUCAGAAGGCUGAGGACAGAAUUGCAAGAGAUAUGUCACCAGGGUGCCAAGACAUUUACUCGUCCGUAUGGUCAGAGAUCAUGUGCACGAUGUCAGCGACUUUUGGGAAAAUUCUGGGACUGCGGUUCCGUGUGCUGUGGAUGUAGUCAACGCAUCUGUAACAGGUGUCGGGUCGUCAGGUCUGCGCAGGACUGGAAGUGCACAGUUUGUCAUGCGUACAGGGAAUUUAAGAUCAAAUCUGGUGGAUGGUUUCUGGAACAGCAAGCAAAGAAAUUUCCUGAUUCUAAAGAAAACAAACAUGAGACCACAGGAGACAAAAUAUUACAGUCUUAUCAACAACUCAGUUUCAUCGCAGUCGUACCUCCAACACCUCCUCCGUUUUUUGAAGCUGCGUUGUUUAACAAAUCACAGGAACUCAAAAAAUCAAAGCCUUUUACUAAAUCCAUGGAGAACUUGAUGGUGUCUGUCAGUGCUCACAUUAAAAAGCUUUCCAAAUCUCAGAAUGAUUUGAGUGUGGAAGCAGGUCGCUUGACAGUGGAUAAUGGGCUGGAGCCAAGCUUGGGUCGCAAUAGCCAAUCAGAGGGUGCCAUUGACAGAGCAUGCAAUCUGUGCAAAGCUCCAAGUCUUCCCAACUUAUCCCAGAACACCAGAGACACGGAGCAGAACGGUUCAGCAAGUACAGUCUGCCUAACAGAUGAUGAUGUUUCCCACAUAUCUGCAUACAGCGAUGAGCAAAGGGACAGCAACAGCAGCACAGGAAUGGAUGGUGGGACGUUUGAAAACACUCAUGUGACAGGAGAAAUAGAGAUUGCCAUCGCUUACAACAACGGGACAUCCUGUUUGGAGAUAACUGUCAAAGCAUGCAAAAAUCUGAUGUUUGCAGAUAUGACAAAGAAGAAAUGUAAUCCGUAUGUGAAAGUCUGUUUACUCCAGAAGAAACAUCAGAAUAACAAGAUGAAGACAACGGUCAAGAGAGGAAAUAACCCAAUUUACAACGAAACAUUCAUGUGUGUUGUUAUUCGUGAGCAGCUGGUCAGCAGUGUAGUUAAGGCCUCAGUGUGGCACAGCAGAGGACUCAAGAGGAAGGUGUUUCUGGGUGAGACUCUCAUCCAGCUGGCAGACUGGUAUCUGGAGCACUUCGAUACUCAACGCUCUGUCUGGUACAAACUUGGUCCAAAGCAGGAACAUCCACAAGGGGACGAUGUAGAGCUGUACACUGCAGAGCUGAUGCUGAAAGCUCAAUUAAAGUUCCUGCCACAGAAAUCAGCACAGAUGCACCCACAUAGAGAUGAUAUUGUAUUUGGCACACCCGGACAGCUCAUUGUUGUCAUCACAGGCCUACCAAAGCUGCACUGCACUUCAAAAACAGCCUAUAUUGAGGGGAUCCUGUGCCUUCCUGGAGACAGAGAGCUGGUCCAGAGGACUCCAGUGCUGAAGAAGACAGCCGGUACCCUCCAGAUGAACUUCAGCAGAUUCACGCAUCAGGAGCUCCAGCAGGCCACACUGCUGCUCAGUCUGUGGGAGAAAACCUCCUUCAGUCUCACUGAUCGCUUACUGAGAUCGGCACGACUGGGAGAAGAAUCAUCAUGGCAACGUCUCCAGCAGAUGCCAGAAGUGUGGCAUGACUUCGUUCUUCCACUGCAUGCAAAUUUCAACAUAAACAUGAGGUCAUAACUGAAUAAUGUUGUCUUUAUUUGUAAUAUAAUAAACACCUUGUCUUUGGAGAAAAUAAGUUAGUUCAGCAGUUGUUUCCCUCCAUGCUACUUGUGGUUUUAUUUAUAUAUUUAUUAGCAACUAUAUAUAUAUGUAUGUAUACACACACACACACACGCAUAUAUUUACAGUGCAUUCAGGAAGCAUUCAGACCUCUUCAUUUUUUCACAUUUUGUUAUGUUGCAGCCUUAUGCUAAUAUGCUUUAAAUUAUUUUUUUCCACAUUAAUCUACACUCCAUACCCCAUAUUGUCAAAGCAAAGAUUUUUGAUAAAUUUGAUAUAUAAACAAAAACUGAAAUAUCACAUUGACAUAAGUAUUCAGACCUUUUGCUAUGACACUUGCUAUAAAAUUUAGCUCAGGUGCAUCCCAUUUCUCUGGAUCAUCUUUGAGAUGUUUCUACACUUUGAUUGGAGUCCACCUGUGGCAAAUUCCAUUGAUUGGACAUGAUUUGGAAAGUCACACACCUGUCUAUAUAAGAUCUCACAGCUGAAAAUGCAUAUCAGAGCAAAAAUCAUGCCAUGAGGUCAAAGGAACUGCCUGCAGAGCUCAGAGACAGGAUUGUGUGGGGAAGGCUACAAAUGUUUUAGCUGCAUUGAAGGUUCUCAAGACCACAGUGGCCUCUAUAACUCUUAAAUAGAAGUUUGGAACAACCGGGACUCUGGCUGAGCUGGCUGCCUGGCCAAACUGAGCAAUCGGGGGAGAAGGGCCUUGGUAAGAGAGGUGACCAAGAGUCUGAUGGUCACUGGUUGAUCUCCAGAGAUCAUGUCCAUCAAUCUGGGCUUUAUGGCAGAGUGGCCAGACGGAAGCCUCUCCUCAGUGCAAGACACUUUGAGAAACAAGAUUCUCUGGUCUGAUGAAACGAGGAUUGAACUGUUUGACCUCAAUUCCAAGCGUCAUGUCUGGAGGAAACCAGGCACCGCUCAUCACAUGCGUAAUACCAUCCCAACGGUGAAGUGUGGUGGUGGUAGCAUCAUGCUGUGGGGGUGUUUUUCAGCAGCAGGGACUGGGGCACUGGUGAGGGAUGAAGGAAAGCUGAAUGCAGCAAAAUACAGAGAUAUCCUUAAUAAAAACCUGAUCCAGUGCACACAGGACCUCAGACGGGGCCGAAGGUUCACCUUUCAACAGGACAGUGACCACAGCACACAGCCAAGACAAUGCAAGAGUGGCUUAGGGACAACUCUAUGAAUGUCCUUGAGUGGUCUCUGGAGAGACCUGAAAAUGGCUGUCCACCGACAGGCCCCACCCAACCUGACAGAGCUUGAGAGGAUCUGCAGAGAACAAAUGGCAGAAAAUCUCCAAAUGGUGUGCAAAGCUUGUCGCAUCAUACCCAAAAAGACUUGAGGCUGUAAUCGCUGCCAAAGGUGCUUCAACUAAGUACUGAGUUAAGGGUCUGAAUACUUAUGUCAAUGUGAGAUUUACAUAUUUUUUUUCUUUUUAAUAAAUUUUCUAAGUUAUCAAAAAUCUGCUUUUUUGCUUUGUCAUUGUGGGGUAUGGAGUGUAGAUUGAUGUGAAAAAAAUAAUAAUUUAAAACAUUUUAGCAUAAGGCUGCAACAUAACAAAAUGGGAAAAAAAUGAAGGGGUCGGAAUACUUUCUGAAUGCACUGUGUAUAUAUAGAUAUACAGUAUAUACAUACACAUAUGCACACAAUAUAUAUCUAUAUAAAAAAACAAACAUAUUUUAUCCUAUUUUUAAUAUUUAUACUUUUAUAACAAUUACAUCAAAUUGAAAUUAAGUAAAUUAACUCAAAUAUUUAGGAUUUUAUUAUAUUCAAGAUUACUGAAUUCAAUUUUGUUAUGAAAUUGAAAUGUGUAACUCUUAAAAUGAGUGUGUUUGUGUAUAUAUAAUAAAGGCCUUUUGAACUUUGUCAUUUUCAACCCUAGGUUAAAAGCGGGGC